AAACCCCAACACGCCAGAAGAGGAAUAAAGGCCAACCAACAUCCGCCCACCCAGUACAAACGUCGAGAGAAAUUCGUAGAUGAGGCCUUGUCAAAAUUGAGAGGCGUCCUACGUCUGCUUUCCCAAUGAGACAGUUCCUUUUUGUUUGUCUCAGAGACUGGGGUUUUCUUUUUUUUUUAAAGACUGUAGGCAGAAAAAACACGCCAACCGGCUGUUGUGACAAUCAAACGUGUCUAAGAAAAUUCAGCCAAUGAGAGUGCGAGAGUGCAUCUUGUGUUGGCCAAUGAGAACAGCGACCCGUGCGCAGGGCCGCCCAAUGGGGCGCAAGCGACGCGGUAUUUGAAUCCUGGAACACGGCUACAGCGUCGAAGAUCCUCAGCGCUGCGGGCUCGGAGAGCAGUCCUAACGGCGCGUCGUACGCUAGUGUCCUCCCUUUUCAGUCCGCGUCCCUCCCUGGGCCGGGCUGGCACUCUUGCCUUCCCCGUCCCUCAUGGCGCUGCUCCGACGCCCGACGGUGUCCAGUGAUUUGGAGAAUAUUGACACAGGAGUUAAUUCUAAAGUUAAGAGUCGUGUGACUAUUAGGCGAACUGUUUUAGAAGAAAUUGGAAAUAGAGUUACAACCAGAGCAGCACAAGUAGCUAAGAAAGCUCAGAACACCAAAGUUCCAGUUCAACCCACCAAAACAACAAAUGUCCACAAACAACUUAAACCUACUGCUUCUGUCAAACCAGUACAGAUGGAAAAGUUGGCUCCAAAGGGUCCUUCUCCCACACCUGAGGAUGUCUCCAUGAAGGAAGAGAAUCUCUGCCAAGCUUUUUCUGAUGCCUUGCUCUGCAAAAUCGAGGACAUUGAUAACGAAGAUUGGGAGAACCCUCAGCUCUGCAGUGACUACGUUAAGGAUAUCUAUCAGUAUCUCAGGCAGCUGGAGGUUUCGCAGUCCAUAAACCCACAUUUCUUAGAUGGAAGAGAUAUAAAUGGACGCAUGCGUGCCAUCCUAGUGGAUUGGCUGGUACAAGUCCACUCCAAGUUUAGGCUUCUGCAGGAGACUCUGUACAUGUGCGUUGGCAUUAUGGAUCGAUUUUUACAGGUUCAGCCAGUUUCCCGGAAGAAGCUUCAAUUAGUUGGGAUUACUGCUCUGCUCUUGGCUUCCAAGUAUGAGGAGAUGUUUUCUCCAAAUAUUGAAGACUUUGUUUACAUCACAGACAAUGCUUAUACCAGUUCCCAAAUCCGAGAAAUGGAAACUCUAAUUUUGAAAGAAUUGAAAUUUGAGUUGGGUCGACCCUUGCCACUACACUUCUUAAGGCGAGCAUCAAAAGCUGGGGAGGUUGAUGUUGAACAGCACACUUUAGCCAAAUAUUUGAUGGAGCUGACUCUCAUCGACUAUGAUAUGGUGCAUUAUCAUCCUUCUAAGGUAGCAGCAGCUGCUUCCUGCUUGUCUCAGAAGGUUCUAGGACAAGGAAAAUGGAACUUAAAGCAGCAGUAUUACACAGGAUACACAGAGAAUGAAGUAUUGGAAGUCAUGCAGCACAUGGCCAAGAAUGUGGUGAAAGUAAAUGAAAACUUAACUAAAUUCAUCGCCAUCAAGAAUAAGUAUGCAAGCAGCAAACUCCUGAAGAUCAGCAUGAUCCCUCAGCUGAACUCAAAAGCCGUCAAAGACCUUGCCUCCCCACUGAUAGGAAGGUCCUAGGCUGCCGUGGCCCCUGGGGAUGUAUGCUUCAUUGUGCCCUUUUUCUUAUUGGUUUAGAACUCUUGAUUUUGUACAUAGUCCUCUGGUCUAUCUCAUGAAACCUCUUCUCAGACCAGUUUUCUAAACAUAUAUUGAGGAAAAAUAAAGCGAUUGGUUUUUCUUAAGGUA